AUGGGCUCUCUGGCUGAGGAGGAGCUGUUUCGGAGUUUAACGGCUGCAAACGAUGAAGCUAACAGCCGGGCUAAUGACCUUGACAAGCAGCUGAAGGAUGCCAAGUCUGAUCUCAAGGCAUUAGAGGAUGCUGACAAAGAGAAUGUCCAACUCCGGACUGACAAUGACCGCCUGAAGCUCGAGCUCAUGACCCAGCGCAACAUGCAGGCGGAUGAGCUGGCCAAGGAGCAAACCCGGAUGACCGAGGAGAAUGAGCGGGACAACUUGGCCCGGCUGAAGAUCACCGGGGGCCUCCUCUACCCAGAAAUAGACUUUGAGAGUGGCUCCACCAGACCUUCUCCCUCUAAGCAAUCCCGAUCCAAAAUCCAAAAGACUGGGACAGGUGAUGUGAGUGCAUCCGGCAAGAACCGGAAGUACAUUGCUUACAAGCCCAAAAGAGGAGACAACUCUACUCUCGAAGCUAACAGGGAGGUCAGCAAACCGGAUGCCACUCAGGCAUUGAAGGCUCCUGUGCAAAGGCCGACCGUUGUCCAGAUGGCCAAGGAGAUGCUGAGGGCGCUUGAUCUAGAGGAAAAGGCGUCCGUGAGAGGAGUCGGCACCCUUAUCUUGGAUGCCAUCUUGGGGAAUCUCUAUGAGGCGGAUGCCAACCUGCAGCUAAAGAUAGGCCUGGAUUCGGCUCGCUCCAAAAUUAUUGACCUUAAGGCCGAAAUUAAAGGUCUUAAGGAAAAGCUUGAGCCUCUGCAAGAGGACAAGAAAGAGGCCGAGAGGGCUAAGGAGCGGGUUGGUCGUCUGGAGAUGCGCCUAGCGAACAAGGAGAAGCAGCUGAAGGCCAAGUCUAAGUCCCGAGCUGAGGAGGAGAAGGAGGCCCUUGUCAAACAAAUGAUGGAAGACUGUGAGUCCAUCAUGCGGAUGGCAUGGGAGGCGGUAUAG